AUGAAGUUGUUUGAAAGUCAGCAUCACUUCAAUUACAGUUGGGAACAAGUCACUGCUGCCAACUGGCAAAAAUACCCAAACGAGUUAGCCACACAUGUGGUUAGUGUGGAUAUCUUGAACAGAGAGAUCGAUGCCACUAAGAACACAUUGAAGACAGAAAGAUUGAUCGCAUGUAAACAGCCCAUUCCCAAAUGGUUGCGUGCUCUUGUUGGAGGCGACGAGUACUCGUUUGUACGCGAGAUUAGCGUGGUGGAUUUGAACAAGCGGACAUUGGUGAUGAAAUCUGCCAAUAUGACCAUGAGCCAUCUUCUCUUGGUCAAUGAGACGGUAACGUACCAACCAGACACAGAGCUUCCCAAUUCACGCACUAUAUUUAAACAGGAGGCCGAGAUCACAGCAUUUUCAUCGUGGUCUGGCAUCUGCAAUAAGCUUGAAGAGUGGUCGGUGGAGAGAUUUGGUCAGAAUGCCAAGAUUGGUAAGCGUGGCUUCGAGACGGUGUUGAAAGCAUUGACAGAGAAGUGGACCGAGUCCAACAACGCCGUAAUGGAGGUUGGAUCCACCAUCUUGAGAGAAAUUGACGAGGUCAACGACAAGACCCAGGAGGUUCUCCACGACGUCAGUGAGAUUACACAUGAGGUUAUCAGCGACGUAAGUGUGAAGACCAACAGUGUUUUGAGUCAGGUUCGUAGAUUGGGAAAUGUUUGGAGCAGAAACUAA